UGAGUUUGUGUGCUUACUAGCAACCACUUUCAACAUUUCUGCAAAGCUAGAGAAGGGUUCCCAGUGCCGAUUCCGACACUGUGAAAAGGCCCUUCGCAGUGACACUGUGUGCUCAUUAUGGAGAGAGGGAAAAUGUUUAGAUCCACUUUGCAGAUUUAGACACAUGGAAAUGCAGCAAAACUGCAGUAUUUCAUGCUUCUGGGAAACUCAACCUCUUGGUUGUGUGAAGAUCAGUUGUAUCUUUUAUCACAGCAAACCUCGAAAUAUCAAUGGAUUAUUUUUGCCACCGAGUAGCACUAUUACAGUACAUAAAGAACCUCAGGAGGGAACUCCACCCUUGACCCAGAUUCAGGAAGCCCUGAAACCUCAGGAGAAUAUAUCACGACCCAUUCACCAUCCUUUAGUUUUAAAAACGAACUUUGAGGAAGAAGAGGAGGAAGGAAAUGAGCAAAGUGAUGCUUCCAGCUUAUGGACAAAGACCCCUGAAGAACUCGAGGAAAAAAGAGCAAUAAAGGAGAUGUGUUACAAAUCUGGUGAAUACUACAGAUUUCAAACUUCUCCAGAUAUUUCAUCAUCAAAAAGCACAGCCUCUGCAGCAGAAAAAGAGUUGGAAAAGCCUCUGGAAAAUGGCAGUGAAUUACAAGAAGGGGAUGGUCUUACAGUUCCAACCAAAUUUAGCCUAAUUGAAAGGCAGGGCGAGGUAAAAGCAUCACUGGACAGGAGACCAAGGACUGACAUUGCUGCUUUUGAAAAUGGAGGAGGCGACUGUUAUGUCCCCCAGAGGAUCGUAUUUCUUGGAGUAGAUGAAAAGAAAGAGAAAGAAAUCACCGUGUCAAAAUGUUCAAGUACCAAAGUGAAUGAUGUCCAGCCAGUGAGGAAGCCUCAUUUUAAAGGCGUGAAAAAAAGAAAAUGGGUUUAUGAUGAACCAAAGAACUUUCCUGGCCAAGGAAUGCGGAGAGCAGUACAGGCCCCAAAUCCAAAAAAUAAAAUGAGUUACCACCGCAAUAAUAAAGACAGAAAUGCUGAAAAUGCAUCUUAUAUCCAUGUUCAGAGGGGUACUGUCAGGAAUGUCUCACUAAACGCACCUCCCAGCAACAGGCCCACAAAUGGGUUCUACCAUAAAGUCAAUGUUAACAAGGAACCCAAACUCAACCUCUGUCCAGAUAAAUAUAUGUCAACAUCAUAUAAUGGUUCAGCCUGGCGAAAAAGAAUUCCUUUUUCAAAAGCAUAUUCAAAAACGGAGAAGAUAUAUACAGAGCCGAGAAGAAAUGGGAGCAAGUAAACCUAGAGUUGGAGCGAAGAGAAAAAUAAGAAAAGAGAAAAGUGCCAGACAUCAUCUGAUUUACAAUCAAAAAUGAAAAUUCCAAGAAUGAGAUAUUCAAGUACUCCCUACUAUAUACUGGGUAGCCAAAGAUGAUAAAUGCAAAUUCUGAAAAUAAGAUGCAGGAAGUACAUUGUACUCUUUCAAACUGAUAAAAAUGCAAAUUGCAAACAGCUGCCUGUGUAUUUAUGUAGGUCUGGAAUUCAUUUGAUGCAUUGUCACAAACAUUUAAUAAAAUUUAAAAGUUUGACAAUUAAAA